AUGACUGGUAAUUUUUCAACAACAGAAUUUUGGAAUAGGACUAAUGUCAAUAAUUCAGCAUAUCAUCACAUUUUUACAUCUAUAACAUUGUUCGUAUCUGCCUUUGGUGCAGCUGGUAACUGUCUUGUUAUCUGGUUUCUUUCAUUUAAGAUCAAAAGAAGCCCCUCCACUAUCUAUAUUUUUAAUCUUGCUCUGGCUGAUGCUGUUUUUCUUUUAUUUGUCAUGUUUUUAUUCAUCAUUACUAUUAUUUUAACCGAAAGACAUCCCUUUGAAAUUAUCUCAGAGAAUGUUCAUGUUAUCAAUGUAUUGUAUACAGUGUCAUUAACUUGUCUUUUUGGAUUCAACACAAGUAUGUGUCUUCUUACAGCUAUUAGUGUUGAAAGAUGUAUUUCUGUUAUUUUUCCUCUUUGGUAUCAUUGCAAACGACCACACCAUCUGUCUACAAUUGCUUGUAGCAGUAUAUGGAUUCUGUCCUCACUGUUCUCUGCCAUAGAGUUCAACUUUUGUUACAAACAAAAAUACAUCGUUCAUGAUCUGGGGAACAAUUCUACUAAUGAAUGUACAGUUGUUUCUGUGAUUAUUUGCUGUGUCAGUUUUAUGAUCUUUACUCCACUUAUGAUAUUGUCAAGUCUUACUCUUCUAGUCAAGAUAUGGACUAGUUCUCAACAACAACAACCCCCAAAGCUAUACUUAGUGAUUACAGUCACUGUCUUAUUGUUUUUAGUGUUUGCCAUGCCUAUGAGAAUUAUAUUGCUUGUUUGGUAUAAAUAUCACAUGGCACCACCAUUUCCUAUACUGGAUCUAUUUUCUUUGUUUUGCUCUGUGAAUAGUAGUAUAAAUCCAUUUAUUUAUUUUCUUAUUGGUCGCCAAGGAGGAAAGGGAAAGUUUUCUUUACUGAGAACUCUUCAAGGAAUAUUUUAUGAUGAUGGAUUUCAAAACAAGAGAGAAAAAAAUGUAAGAACAAUCUUAGAGACAAAAAUAUAA